GUUUACGUUCGUAUUUUCUCAAUGAAGUUUUUUUUGGAACAACCAGAAUCUGAUUUUCGUGAAAUUUCAUGUUGGUGUUCAUUGAACGGAGUACAUUCAAACUGGAUGUUGGCAUUUAAUAGUCUAUUCUUAAAAGAAUAAUUAAUAUCGGAAUGGAAUCAGACCCAUCAGCUAGCGAAGAAUCACCAUCGGAAUUUUCCGCCAGUGAAGACGAAUGGAGCCCACCGAAGGAGUGCAGCAAACCUGUGAAAUCGAAGGCAAGAUCAGUUUCGAAAUGUAAAGCAAAACCUGAAAGGGCGAAAAAACUUGAACCUAGUGAAAAACUUGCGAGACCCACCAGGGUAUCGCGAAGAAUUGCUCACCGUUUAGGGAAAUCAAUUCCAGAAGAAGAUGAAACAGUGAAUCUACUUGAAGAUGAGUCCUUGGCGUCUGAUACUUCUGAAGAAAAGCCGAAGAAAAAAAAGAAAAGCCCUGCUAAACGAGGUCGCAAACCGGUGCUUGUUGCAAAAGAGGAGCCGAUAAAGUUGACUACUUUUACCGUCGAACAACUAUAUCGGAAAUACCGUCCGGAUCUGGCUGGCCCGUCCAAAAAAUGCGUUAUCGAGAAGAAACGUUCCAAGCCGGAGGAUGAUGACAGUAGCGGGGAUGAUUAUCUGUUAGACCCAGCCGAGAUUGAUCUGGAUUCUGAAUUUUUCAAACCGAUUGCGGCUGAUGAAAAUCGAAAAUCGGCUGCAGGGUUUGAUUGUACCGUGGGUUUACCUUCGGAUCAGUCGGACGUCGAUGAUGACACUAUGCCGCUCAGUUCCGAAAUUAACUGGCAAUUGAUAAAACAAAUCAAUCUAGCAAACAUCAGUUGUUUUGAUAAGCCAAAAUUAGGAGAGACUUCGAAGCCGACCGAGCAAAAUCAAGAAACUAAUCGAAAAAGUAUCGCAAGUGAGGAGCAUGACGUAUCGAAUCUUCUGUUGACGGGGGAAAAGAUUGGAACGAAAAAAAUGCCUCCAUCAUCAGGAAGGCAUGAUUUUUUAUCUGUGGUCGGUCGUAAAGACAAGGAGGAGGAGAAAGUAGUUGAGUUCACGGUUAAGGUUGAUUCUGCUGAGCAGAGUAAACCGCAAAAGAAGAAAUUAGAUUUAUUGACGGCUAUAAAACGUCUAAUGAAUCGCGAAAAGCGUCAGAACCAAAUAUAUUUGCAUAAAGUGUCCAUUCUCUGUUGGAUUGCGCAUGGGACAUUCCUUAACAAAACGCUAGCAGACCCUCGGUUGACUCAAGAAAUAGCUAAACGAUUACUGCCUUCAACUAACUGCCGCCCCAAAGGACGCACAAAUCUGCUCUAUUUUGAGCAGGUCACCCGGUACUUUCGGAAAUGCGUGCAACUAAAAUCUAACCAAUGGUGCUACCGAUCUGCAAAACUGCCUCCACUGUACACGACAAUCAAGUUCCAGAUCCUACAACGGUCAGCAUUCUCGAAACGGGAUUAUGUCUUACUGUUUCUAUUAAUGCUGCGAACGCUAAGUAUUCACAGUCGGUUGGUGAUAUCGCUGGUUGUACCCCCAAAGCAGGUUCCCAACAGUGAGCUUUAUCGUAUGAAUUCCCAAAGCCCCGAGGACGUUCAAGCGGAUAGGCGAUUGCUGCUCGAAUUUCAAAGAGCACCCAAACAUAGCACAAUAUUCAAAGUGAAAGAAAAACUGACCACCACUGUCAAGAAAAAUGCCGAUCAAAUACGGAGAGAUGCUUCAAAGAAACGGCGCCAUGGCGGGUUUAUGGCUACGAUUCCGCAGCUGGACGGUAGUAACGAUACCGUUAAAUCCCGGCCCUCCGAAGCAAAACGGAAAAAGCUUAAAUUAAUGAAUGAAUCCUUCUUGGAUAUUGAACAUAAUACGCCGGCUAAUGUAUUCAGGAAACCGCAAAAAGAAGAUAAGCAAUUUUCAGAUGAACUGGACGAGGUAGUACGCCGACGAAGGGAGAAGAUUUUGGCCGCUUAUCGUGCCUCGAAAGAACAGAAGGCCAUCGGGGUAGUUGCUGAUGAGGAUGAUCUGUACGGGGAAGGGAGUAGUAGUUCAUUGCAUGUUGGACGGUUAGGCGGAGUUGCGCACAGGAAAGCCCGUCGAAACCUUCCAGGCGUAGAUUUGUGGGUUGAAGUAUACUGCGAACACGAAGAUAAGUGGAUCACGAUCGAUGUGCUUACAGGGAAGGUGCACUGCCUGGAAGAUAUUGUGAAUUGCGCCACUCAACCCAUCUACUACGUGCUAGCUUGGAACAACGAUGGCACAGUGAAGGACGUUUCGCCUCGUUACAUCUCCCGGUUGGGUAGCAAAAAGAGCAAAUUGCGCGUGGAAGAUUCCUGGCUGGAGACGGCCCUCAGCCGGUACCGUAUCAGCAGAGCAACGCGGCGCGAUCGAAGCGAGGAUUUGAAAUUUGACAAAUUACUCAAUAAACGGCCGUUUCCGGUCCAAAUUGGAGAAUACAAGAACCAUCCGCGGUUUGCGAUCGAGCGGCAUUUGUUGCGAAGCGAAGCAAUCUAUCCGCGGGACGCGGUCAUCCUAGGAUACAUAAAAGGUGAGCCGAUCUAUCCAAGGGAUUGUGUCCAUGUGCUUUUCUCGAGAGAAGGUUGGCUGCGGCAAGCGAAAACGGUGAGAAUGCAUGAGGAACCGUACAAAGUUGUUAAAGCGAAGGCCAGGUACGAUCGUUUGACGGGUACACCGAUUGGCGCGUUGCAAACGGAACUGUUUGGUGCUUGGCAAGUCCAGGACUAUGAACCACCGGUAGCCGAAAACGGCAUUGUUCCGAGAAGUGCCUACGGGAAUGUGGGAUUAUUCAAACCGUGUAUGCUUCCGAAGGGAUGUGUUCAUUUGCAACUGCCUGGAUUGAAUAAGGUGUGUAAACGGUUGAGGGUGGACUGUGCUUCGGCGAUUAUUGGCUUCGAGUUCAAAAAUGGUGCCUGCCAUGCGGUGUACGAUGGGUUCGUUGUCUGCGAGGAGUUUCGUGAUCAGGUCAUUGAUGAGUGGUAUCAGGAGCAAGUUGAGCUCGAGAGGAAACAGGAUGAGAAAUACAAAAAGCGUGUAUACGGCAACUGGAAGAAGUUAAUUACGGGUUUAUUUAUUAGGAAGAAAUUGAAAGAUAGGUAUAAUUUCGAUAAUUUGUGAGUUGUGAAUACUAUUAAAAUUGUUUCCGUGUUUUUAUGUAAAUAUGAUGUAUUUACGUAAUUAUUAACAUACUAUGAUAAAAUAAAAUA